AGUCACCAGCCACCAGUCCCCACUCCCCACUCGCCUUCCUCCCGCGAAAACCCUACCUCCGGAGGCGAGAUGAAGGGCGGCGACAUCGAGGCGGGCGGCGACGUCGAGGCGGGCACCGCGGCGCCGUACCCCGGGACGACGGAGAGCCCCGAGCUGCGCUGGGCGCUCAUCCGGAAGAUCUACGUCGUCCUCUGCCUGCAGCUUCUCCUCACGGCCGUCGUCGCGGUCGUCGUCGUCAAGGUCCGCGCCAUCCCGCACUUCUUCGUCUCCUCCUACGCCGGCCUCGGGCUCUACAUCUUCAUCCUCAUCCUCCCCUUCAUCGUGCUGUGCCCGCUGCACAUCUACCGCCAGAAGCACCCAGUCAACUUGCUGCUUCUUGGCGUCUUCACAGUGGCCAUCAGCUUCUCUGUGGGCUUGACAUGUGCCUUUACCAGCGGCAAGGUCAUUUUGCAGGCUGGGAUUCUUACAAUUGUGGUUGUCUUGAGCCUCACUGCUUACACCUUCUGGGCUGCAAGGAGGGGCAAGGACUUUAGCUUCCUUGGUCCUUUCCUAUUUGCUUCUCUGAUGAUUUUGCUCGUCUUUGGGUUCAUUCAGAUAUUCUUCCCGCUGGGCAAGCUCUCUCACAUGAUCUAUGGCGCGCUGGCGGCACUCAUCUUCAGUGGCUACAUUGUCUAUGACACGGGCAGCAUCAUCAAGCGCUACAAGUAUGACGAGUAUGUCUGGGCUGCCGUCACGCUCUACCUUGACAUCAUCAAUCUGUUCCUGGGCCUGCUGACUCUGUUUAGGGCGUGUGACAACUAGGCACGUCUCCCUGCCCCUGCUCUCUCGUGCUUCAAAUCCCGUCGACGAAUUUGGUAUCCUGAUGAGUCCUUGACAUGAAGAAUUGUAUACUCUGGUCUGUCUCGCUGGCACGGUGAAAAUGUUGCUUACUUUAGUUGAGUUGAUCCCUAGUAGAGAGAAAACAUAAGAAAACCGUGCGUCGGUUCUAUCCUAUGGAUGGUGGAUGUGAUGAUGUAUUUAGACGUGCUGGAUUGGUCGAUUGGUGGUGCUGGGUUUAUUUAGCUGGGUCUUUGACAUGCUGGACUGGUGGUGCUGGGUUUAUGUAGCUGCGUGGCUUAUGGACGAGGGCAAUAUUGUUUUCUAGCACA